UGGUUGAAUGGUUGGUUGAAUUGUUUAUCCUUUUGACAGGAUCCAGCUUCAUGCAGCUGAACUGUUUUGUUGUUCUGUUGCAUUUUUCAGAGGAUGCUUUUAUUUACCGGAGCCCAGAAGAAGAGGACUACCACAGAUCCGGGACCCCCGACUCCGAGGGUCCAGAUGGGACCUACAGCAGCGAGGAGAGCAGCUCUGCUCUUCCCAGUAACGGUGACAGAGAGCUGGGUCAGCACAGCCUCUCUGACCCCAGCAGAGACUCAAAGAGCCCCAGCUCAGGAGGCCCCCCCGCUCAGGUCGCUCAGACCAAUGCAGGACAGGGAAGCAAGCCCAAGAGGAAACGCUCCGGCUCAGACUCCAAGUCUGGGAAGCCCCGCAGAGCUCGAACUGCCUUCACCUACGAGCAGCUGGUGGCGCUGGAAAACAAAUUCAAGUCCACGCGCUACCUGUCGGUGUGUGAGCGCCUCAACCUGGCGCUGUCCCUCUCCCUCACCGAGACCCAGGUCAAGAUCUGGUUCCAGAACCGGCGGACCAAGUGGAAGAAGCAGAACCCAGGAGCUGACACCUCGGCCCCCACCGCAGGAGGAGCGGGGGCUGGCGGAGGAGGAUCAGGAGGGGGCCUGGGCAGCCUGAGUCCUCUGAGCCCCUCCCCUCCGGUCAGCAGCCACCUGGCCAUGCACGCCGGCUACGCCGGCCACCACCACCCCCCCGCAGGGAGCCUGGUGCAGCUGCCUUUCCUCACAGCCAGCCACGUCCUGUCGCCGUUCAUGCUGGGGACCCAGAGCUACGCUGCGCCCGCCUUCUACAGCACACACCUGUAGGCGGCCUCCUUCCUGCCCCCAUGUGAAGGAUUAUUUUGAUAGACUGAACUUGAACCUGUACAUACACCUGUGUUGUAGCUCCUCCCACCUCCUCUGAAUGCUGUUUUAGUUGAUUUCAUGUCUGUACAAAACCUGAAUGUUCCUUUCAGACGUAAUGAAUGGCUUGAUCUACUGUCAGUACUGCUGUAACUCCUCCUGUGAUGGUCCUCCUCUUCCUCAUUUAGGAUAUUUGUUCCAGUUGCCAUGG